UGAUCUGUGGAUGAAAUGAAUCAUGAUUUCCAAGCUCUUGCAUUAGAAUCUCGGGGAAUGGGAGAGCUUUUGCCUACCAAAAAAUUUUGGGAACCUGAUGAUUCCACAAAAGAUGGACAAAAAAGCGUCUUUCUUGGGGACGAUGAAUGGAGAGAGACUGCUUGGGGUACUCCUCACCAUUCGAUGUCCCAGCCUAUUAUGGUACAGAGAAGACCUGCACAGGGUUUUCAUGGAAACAGUGAAGUAAAUGCCGUUCUGUCUCCUCGAUCCGAAAGUGGAGGCCUUGGCGUGAGCAUGGUAGAAUAUGUAUUAAGUUCUUCUCCUGCAGAUAAAUUGGAUUCUCGAUUUAGGAAAGGAGCUUUUGGCCCUAGAGAUGCUGAAACAGAUGGACCUGAGAAAGGAGAUGAGAAAGGCCAGGCUUCUCCGCUUGAGGAGGACCCAGACAGAAACCUUAAACAAGGAGAUGAGCAGGAUUCUAAAAUAAAAGGCAGAGGGUUGCCCAAUGGAAUGGAUGCCGAUUGCAAAGAUUUUGAUCGUACUCCAGGAAGCCGCCAAGCUUCUCCCACAGAAGUAGCUGAGCGCUUGGGCCCCAGUUCAAAUCCUCCUGAAGGACCGGGUCCUCUCCCCAAUUCUGCAGCUAAUAAGCCCCUCGUGGAAGAGUUCCCCAGCCCUGAAGCCCAGACUUUGGAUGCCAUGGAGCAGGUGGGCCUGGAUUCCUUGCAGUUUGACUAUCCUGGAAACCAGGUGCCAAUGGACUCUUCAGGGGCUGCUGUCGGCCUCUUCGACUACAGCUCUCAGCCGCAGCAGCUCUUUCAGAGGACCAGUGCGCUAACCGUCCAGCAGUUAACGGCCGCCCAGCAGCAGCAGUAUGCGUUAGCUGCGGCCCAACAGCCACACAUUGCCGGCGUCUUCUCCGCAGGCCUCGCUCCAGCCGCUUUUGUGCCAAACCCCUACAUUAUUAGUGCUGCCCCCCCUGGCACUGAUCCCUACACUGCAGCAGGCCUGGCAGCGACAUUGGCAGGUCCUGCCGUGGUCCCACCCCAGUAUUACGGCGUGCCCUGGGGGGUGUAUCCAGCCAAUUUAUUUCAGCAGCAAGCUGCAGCUGCUGCCACCAGUGCAGCAAAUCAGCAAGCCGCAUCCCAGGCGCCACCUCCGGGACAGCAGCAGGUUCUCCGGGCUGGAGCCAGUCAGCGCCCUCUCACUCCCAAUCAGACUCAGCAGGGGCAGCCAGCAGAAUCCCUCGCCGCUGCCGCCGCCGCUGCUGCUGCCGCCGCCGCCGCCGCUGCCGCCAACCCCGCUCUGGCUUUCGGGCAGGGUCUUGCUACUGGCAUGCCAGGCUACCAAGUCCUUGCCCCAACCGCCUACUAUGACCAGACUGGUGCCUUAGUGGUGGGCCCGGGAGCAAGAACAGGCCUGGGCGCCCCCGUCCGCCUCGUGGCCUCCACGCCUGUCCUCAUUAGUUCGGCAGCAGCGCAGGCUGCAGCCGCGGCUUCUGCCGGAGGGACUGCCAGCAGUCUGACGGGAGCCACCAAUGGCCUCUUCCGGCCUCUGGGCACCCAGCCCCCGCCGCCACCACCGCCAGCGCCCCAGCAGCCACCUCCCCAGCCCAGCACCAAUCUUCAGUCCAGUUCAUUUUAUGGGAGCAGCUCUCUGACCAGCACCUCACAGAGCACUUCCCUGUUCUCUCAUGGGCCGGGCCAGCCUGGAGGCACGUCUCUGGGCUUUGGGGGCAGCAGCUCCUUGGGGGCUGCCCUUGGCUCAGCCCUCAGUGGCUUCGGCUCAUCCGUUGGCAGUUCUGCAAGUAGUAGUGCUCCAAGGAGAGAUUCUCUGUCUACUAGCUCUGAAUUGUACAAAAGAUCUAGUAGCAGCCUAGCUCCUCCCGUAGGGCCGCCAUUUUACAAUAGUCUGGGAUUUUCCUCCUCUCCAAGCCCAAUAGGCAUGCCUCUGCCAAGCCAAACGCCAGGACAUUGUCUUACGCCACCGCCAUCACUCUCAUCACAUGGAUCUUCAUCCAGUUUGCAUUUAGGAGGCCUGGCCAAUGGCAGUGGGCGUUAUAUCUCGGCAGCUCCUGGAGCAGAAGCCAAGCACCGCAGCGCGUCCAGCACGUGCAGCCUCUUCAGCUCCAGCAGCCAGCUGUUCCCUCCCUCCCGGCUGCGUUACAGCCGGGCCGACAUCAUGCCCUCCGGCCGCAGUCGCUUAUUAGAAGAUUUCCGGAAUAACCGUUUCCCGAACCUUCAGCUCAGAGACCUCAUGGGACACAUAGUAGAGUUUUCCCAAGACCAGCAUGGCUCCAGAUUCAUACAGCAAAAGCUGGAGCGAGCAACACCCACUGAGCGCCAGAUGGUGUUUAAUGAGAUUCUGCAAGCGGCCUAUCAGCUGAUGACCGACGUUUUUGGCAACUACGUGAUUCAGAAGUUUUUUGAGUUUGGGAACCUGGAUCAGAAACUUGCCCUCGCUACCCGAAUACGAGGCCACGUUCUGCCAUUGGCCUUGCAGAUGUAUGGCUGCCGGGUCAUUCAGAAAGCAUUAGAAUCGAUUUCCCCUGACCAGCAGGUAAUUAACGAGAUGGUCAAGGAGCUCGAUGGGCACGUCCUCAAAUGCGUGAAAGAUCAGAACGGGAACCACGUGGUUCAGAAGUGCAUCGAGUGCGUGCAGCCUCAGGCUCUACAGUUCAUCAUUGACGCUUUUAAAGGACAGGUGUUCGCGCUCUCCACCCACCCGUAUGGCUGCCGCGUCAUCCAGCGCAUCCUGGAGCACUGCACAGCUGAGCAGACCCCGCCCGUCCUGGAGGAGCUGCACCAGCACACGGAGCAGCUGGUCCAGGAUCAAUAUGGAAACUACGUUAUUCAGCAUGUUCUGGAACAUGGCCGCCCUGAUGACAAAAGCAAGAUUGUUUCCGAAAUCCGAGGCAAGGUCCUAACCCUCAGCCAGCACAAAUUUGCCAGCAACGUGGUGGAGAAGUGUGUGUCGCAUGCAUCUCGUGCUGAGCGAGCCCUGCUGAUUGAUGAGGUCUGCUGCCAGAAUGACGGUCCUCACAGUGCCUUAUACACCAUGAUGAAGGACCAGUAUGCCAACUAUGUCGUCCAGAAGAUGAUCGACAUGGCGGAGCCCGCCCAGCGCAAGGUCCUCAUGCACAAGAUCCGGCCCCACGUCACCACUCUGCGCAAGUACACGUAUGGGAAGCACAUCCUGGUCAAGCUGGAAAAGUACUACCUGAGGAACAGUCCGGAGCUGGGGCCCGUUGGCGGCCCCCCGAAUGGGGUGCUGUAGGGGCGCUCCUCUGGUGAAUUGCAGAACACAACUCAACUCCGAAGGUGGCCGUUUUUUGUUAAGCAGACCUAUUUAUUGACUUGGUUCAUUCAUUUGUACAUUUUUUAAGGUUCUUGUGUAUAUUUUGGGGGGGUGAGUGAUAGAAUAUCUCCAACCCUGAUUAAAGACCUAUCAGAUUGGAUUGCUGGCAAAGCACAGAAUGCCUGUAUAUGAUGUAAUUGUAUCAAAAAUAGCUGUCACAUAUUUUGUAAAUUUUUACCUUGUAAAGUCACAAAAAAUAGUUUUUAAAAGGAAAAAGUACAGUAUUCUUUUAAUAAACUGGCUUGCAAUCUGGUAGGUCUCCUACCCCAUAGCACAACAGGUUUAUAGAAAUGUAUAUAGGAUAAGAGUCCUUAUUUUUCCCCCUUCUGUGAAGUCUUUUAUACCAGAUUGACGAUUACCUGCAUAAAUAUUAUUAAUAUUUAACCAAGGAAGUUAAGUUGUAUUUUGGUAAUUCACAACCUGUUACCCAGGUAACUGAAUGAGGACAAGAACAGAUGAUCCGAGAAGAGAAAGGCUUCCCUCUUUUGCUGUGAAGCUGGUUUUAUUUACAGACACUGCCCUUGAUUUCUCUAGCAAUGUAUAGAAGACGCGCUGUGUCUGCUUAUCUAUGUAGUGGUUGUAAGAGGUAGCAGAGUAAAAUCAUGGCUGUUCAUCCAUCCGAGACGCCCCGCAUUCCCUCCUUGGGUGGGCCGUGCUGGCAGGGGGGGAGCGAGGAACUUGGUCAGUCAGGGGACCGCGAGGGCCUGGCUGAAGGUGACACUGAAGCAUGAGGGCAUAUUCAGAGAGCUUUUUUUGCUUCCUAUAAAUAUAUGCAUUGUAUGCGUGUAGUUCUUAGGUGUAAGUUUAGUUUGACGACAGAUCUUGGUUCAACGUUUAUUACAAACUUUGCUAAUUUGGUAGUGAAGCUUUUCUUGGCUGUACAGAUGUACAUUUGUAAACCUUCAUGCUGUAAAUGUAAUUUGUUUUACCCUGGGGGGUGGGGAGAAAAUUGCAUUUUAGUGUAUAUUCAGAUCCCCAAGCCCUUUUGCCCUGACAUAUCGUGUUGUAUAAUGUAAAUUUAUUUCUCCAAAUCAAGAGUGAUUUUUAAAAAAUUUUAUCUUUAUAUGGUUUCAGAAGUCUGAACCAGGUUUCUUUUUAUCUAUUGUGAGAAACGUCAUUUUGUUUCAUAACAUAGCUGUUGAUUCUGUUACUACAGACAUUUUGAGAAUUGGAUUGAUAAGUCAGGGUAUUGUGCAUAGUAAGAAAGUUCUGGACUGAGAAGGCGACUCACCGAAGCCAGGGCUUUUUCCAUCUUCCUCGAUGUGGUGUGAUUUUUUUUUUCUUUGUACAGAAGAGUCCUGUAUUUUUGAAUAGCCUCCCAAGUAAGAGCAGAUGUGUAAAAUACCCUUGUUUUCUCUGGACAUCGGACAUUGUAACAGUAACACGAACAUGAUGUACAUUUACAAGAGGCCUUAUGUACAUUUCCCAAGGAGCUUUUUAAGGCAAAAUUGUGACCAUGUGUGUAUAAUUAAAGUCGUUUUUAAUCCUUUGCCUAUGGAAAUAUUUUGGAAAAAAAAAAGCUUGCUUUGUAUAUUCAGUUUCUGAAAGAUAAAGAAAGUGCUUUGUAUUUUGUUGAAGUCAGUAUUUUGUAUAAAACAUUUCUGUUGGCCCUUUGCGGUUUUGUGCCAUCUCAGUCAUUGGAUCAUGUCAAAGGGCAUUUUUUCUGGGCUCUUCAGAAGAGAAGGAAGCCUCUCUGGGGCAGUCCUGCACGUAGAGAAUUGUCUCUUUUUAAUCAUUCGUAUCAUGAAUCUGGACUGACAGCAGGAAUUUGAGGGUGCCAGGAAUAUGUUUUGCCUGUUCAAAGUUAAGCGUUAUAUUGGCAAAAUAAAAACAUUGCUUGGUGAAGAAGAGAGAAUUGAGCCGAUUUUCCAUUGGCAUCUCUCUCUCCUGGCUUAGGGAGUGUUUGGUAAGCGUCACUAGAUCACCACAGCCAUGGUUUUUGACCAUAUAGAGCUCAUCGGUCACUUCCACCCAUGCCAUCCCCCCUCCUUGCCAAUCCUAGGGAGGGACGCUGGCCUGCUCAUGGGGCUUGGGACCCGAUCAGGAGCCCCUCUGUGGGACACUGUGCACAGGCCCCAGUGCCUUCCCCAAGGGCAGUCGGUCGGAGCCCCUCCGGGCCAUGCUGACAUUUUAUCCCCCCACCUUUUGGAGGCCAUUGGGUGAGAACCUGUUAGUCACUUGUGUGACCGUGUUGUCCCCUUGUGAUGCGGCUUCCCUGCCUGCCCCCCUCCUACACUGCUGUGUUCAUCUGGGACGCACUUAGGGAAGCUAGCUGGGGCGGACGUUCAGCUUUUGCACACGAGCGUUCUCUUUUUGAUAGGCACUGUUUGUGGACCGGCUUGUUUAGUCUGAUAAGUCCUGGCUCUUUUUAGUUCGUAUGGAAUAAUGUUUUAUUCACUUAUUUGUAUAUUAUGUAUAAACUAGAAAAUGAAAACGUGUGAAUAACAUUGUAUGAAAUAAACCUGGUCUUGUGUUUUUCUCUA